UUCCCUCAGGCCGGCUUCGCCUCCAUGCAGCGGGGCUGACAGCGGCUCCCGCCGGCGGCAGCGAGGCCGAGGGAGCGGCCGCGGGCUGCGGGGCCGGGAGUCGCCGCCUCCGGCGUUGACAAGAGGGCGUCCCGCUUCGCCCGCCUGCCCCCUCGCUGCCGCCGGCGAUUCCCGCCAGGCUUUGGCGGCGGAGGACAAAGGCCCGGGGCCCGGCGCGGCCCGGCCCGGCCCCCCGGGGGGUGCGGGGGCGGUGAGGAGGCGCCGGGCCCCCGCCGGGUUUCGCCGCCGGCUUCCCCCCGCCGCCGCCCCGCUGCGGCGAGCCCUGCGCGGGCAGGUGCGGCGGCGGGCGAGGCCGCUGCCCUGCGGCGGGUCGGCGCACGGAGGCUUCUUCAAUGGAAGUAUGUUACCAGCUGCCGGUGCUGCCGCUGGACAGGCCGGUGCCGCAGCACGUCCUCAGCCGCAGAGGGGCCAUCAGCUUCAGCUCCAGCUCCGCGCUCUUCGGCUGCCCCAACCCCCGGCAGCUUUCGCAGAGACGUGGAGCAAUUUCCUAUGACAGCUCUGAUCAGACUGCGUUGUACAUUCGUAUGCUAGGAGAUGUGCGAGUAAGAAGUCGGGCAGGAUUUGAAACAGAGAGAAGAGGUUCUCAUCCAUACAUUGAUUUCCGUAUUUUUCACUCAAAUUCUGAAAUCGAGGUGUCUGUGUCUGCAAGAAAUGUGAGAAGGUUGCUUAGUUUCCAGCGAUACCUGAGAUCUUCCCGUUUUUUCCGUGGUAUCACUGUUCCAAAUUCGUCAAACAUUUUAGAUGAUGAUUAUAAUGGACAAGCAAAGUGUAUGCUGGAGAAGGUUGGAAAUUGGAAUUUUGAUAUUUUUCUUUUUGAUAGACUGACAAAUGGAAACAGUCUAGUCAGCUUAACCUUGCAUCUGUUUAAUCUUCAUGGACUAAUUGAACACUUCCAGUUAGAUACGAUGAAACUUCGUAGAUUUUUGGUUAUGGUCCAAGAAGAUUAUCACAGUCAAAAUCCUUAUCAUAAUGCAGUUCAUGCUGCUGAUGUGACUCAGGCCAUGCACUGUUACUUAAAAGAGCCCAAGCUUUCCAAAUCUUUAACUCCAUGGGAUGUUCUGCUCAGUUUAAUAGCAGCUGCCACACAUGAUUUGGAUCACCCAGGCGUUAACCAACCUUUCCUAAUCAAAACAAACCAUUACUUAGCAACUUUAUAUAAGAAUACCUCAGUAUUAGAGAACCAUCACUGGAGAUCAGCAGUGGGGUUGCUGAGAGAGUCUGGCUUAUUUGCACAUAUGUCAUUAGAAAACAGGCAGCUGAUGGAAAGCCAGAUAGGUGACCUCAUUCUUGCCACAGACAUCAGUCAGCAAAACGAGUAUCUGUCCAUGUUUCGAUCCCAUUUGGAUAGAGGAGACCUAUGUUUAGAGAAUUCGAACCAUCGUCACUUCAUUUUACAGAUGGCUUUGAAGUGUGCUGAUAUUUGUAAUCCAUGUCGGACGUGGGAGCUGAGUAAGCAGUGGAGUGAAAAAGUAACAGAGGAGUUCUUCCAUCAAGGAGAUAUUGAAAAAAAAUAUCACUUGGGUGUGAGUCCACUUUGUGACCGACAGACGGAAACUAUUGCCAACAUCCAGAUUGGUUUUAUGACCUACUUAGUGGAACCACUGUUUGGGGAGUGGGCCCGGUUUUCCAACACCAGGCUGUCGCAGACGAUGCUUGGCCACCUGGGCCUGAACAAGGCUAGCUGGAAAGGAGUGCAGAGGCAACAGUCCAGCAGCGGUGACGAUGUUGACCCCGCUUUUGAGGAAAUGGACUCAGACAUAUUACCUCAGGAACCUCGAUUGUCCUGACCUCAAUCUUCAUGACAAAACUGCCUCUCUCUUGGUAUCCGCACGGUUGGAAUAAAGGAGAUACUUGCCGACCCAAGGUUUUUGGUAAAACGGUAAAAACGAUGCCAGCAUUAUUUAUUUCCAAGUUUUCCUUUGACACAGACCAUUUGAACCAGAAUUUUUUUUUUUAAACUGCAAGAUCUGAACAUAGAGCAAUAUGCACACGCCUCAGUUGGUUUUCGUUCGGAACCUUGAAUAUGCAAAGCACAGCAGUGACUGAGCCUUGGGGGAACAGUACGAGAACUUCGUUGUGCCACACGGCUUUGGGGUUGUUUGUUUUUUGGGGUUUUUUUUGGUGAAAUUUGGAAUACGGUCUUCAAAUCUAAGACUUGACGUGGAUUGUUCCACUUCCUUGGAAUUUAGCAAGACUCGCAUACAUGUGUUCAAAGCAUACCUUCCACUCAGUCCCUGUUUUAAUACGGAAAUGUGAAGUGCCCAUCCUCUGCUGCCUCUGGCAAGACUUGAUGUUUACAAAUGUACUCUGAAACUCUUGGUUCUAGACUUAACCUUUGCGCAUGGCUGUGAAGGAACCACUAACUUGGGUUUUUUUUGCCUUUUUUUUUUUUUUUUAACGAAAAGAUCAAAUCUGAGACUGCAGCUCUUUGUUUCUCUGGAUGCCAGAAAAGCCUCCCAUUUGCCAUAAUUUUGUUUGUGCGCUGGGAACUGAGCAUUCAUCAUAGAGCACAGCCAAGCUUUACUCCAGUGCUAUAUGGGAAUGCAAUUUUUUUUAACGGCAGAAAACACUUCUGAAUUCGGGGAAGGGAUGGGGCGGGGGGGUUGGGGGGGGGGGGGCGGGGAAAGCGUCCGAACUGCAUUACGAUUCUGCAGUGGAAACAUCGCAUGUUGUUUUCGCUAUUGUACACUUGAACUGCACAUGCAAGGAAAAAAAAAACAAAAACAAAAACAAAAACAAAAAAGGUGGAAUGUCUAAAACACCAUAAUCAGCUCAGGGUAUUUGCCAAUCUGAAAUAAAGUGGGAUGGGAAGCGUGUCCUUCAGAACAAGGGUACAAAUGCCCCUUUUCGCUGCAGCGUGUGUGUAUGUGUGGGUGCGUGAGUAUGUUUGGGACGGGGGAGGGCGGGGAGGGUACUGGGAAGGGUUUGAAAGGCAACAUUAUUAUUUUUUCUUUUUUUUUUUUUAUUAUUUUAUUUAUUCUUUUAGAAUGUGACAAUUUCAUGAACAGCCACACUGGGGAGGAAACUGUAACAAAUUGCUACAGAUGCCUUAAACUAUGCACAAAGCUAAGUGACCAAAUUUGUUUUUGAUUUGAAAAAUAAUAAUAAAAAAAAAAAGUGCAUUGUUUACGUAUUCCUCCCUCUACUGAAACAUUACCCACCAAUGGGUUUUUGAUGGGAAAAGGAGAAAAUGUUUUUUAGGGCAAAAUUAAAGGACUAAUUUUAAACUUAAAACAUUCCAUUUUUGUAAUUUGUUUUACAUUGUUUUAAGUACAGUAAGCACAACUGUAAUCUAGUUUGAGAAACUGGUGCUUUCUUUUAGUUCAUUUGUAUUUCCCUGUUGUUAUUGUACAAGACUGUUUAUUAAUUCUGUUUACAGUUUGUUGCAACAGCCAUUUUUGGGAGAGAGCUUCAGCGUAAAGCCAUUUGUAAAGGCUUUGCCAUAUUCAUUUUAAUAUGUGCCUGUUGCUGUUAACUUUUAAUUAAUAAAAAAAAAAUCUUUUCACAUUACGCUCCUGUACGUUGAAGUUACGACCGAGUCCAGCGUUAUGGAAAGACAGCUAAGGUUGCAGUCAGCUUCCACUGUAAAAUUAAGCCAACUUUUGGAUUGGAAAAAUACUAGUCCUCAUACACCAAAAUUUAUUGCCUUUCGGAGCUUCGCCUUUUACAGUUUGAAAAGCAAAUCCCGACUUACCUGAUUGUUUCCCCUUCUAAAAUUAAGUUGUUUAUUAUUCUUUCAUGUUCCCUGAAGUAGUCCCAUUAAUCUCAAAGUGGCCAUGUUUAAAGAAAUAAAUUUAUAAUGAAACCAUGUUUUUGAACCUGCGUGAACUUCCUUUGCUGUCAGUGCAAGUUCUUGCUGUUGUCUGACUUCAUCAGAGAAGGACCAAAGGGGAUAAUGAGCUUCGGUUGUAACAGAAAAGCCUUGUUUUAACAGGAAAAUAACCUUGGAAAGGGUGGUAGUUGCGGGUGGCAUUUGGAGCUGUGCGGCCACAGAGGUGACGGCUGCGUGUGAGUAACGUACUGCCGAGAGGCUGCGGCUCAGCUCCCCUACGGCCCGUGCAGAUUCACAGGGUUAACUGUGGAAAAGUAGUGAUUCCUCUCUGAUAUUUUUGAGUAAAGCAUAUUCCAAGCCUGCAGCUAUUUUCA